GUCCCUAUACUCUAUCGAAGGCUUGAGGCUAGCAAAAGCUUAAACACGGGGAAUUAGUGAAGCUGAAGGAGCCAACACCAACUUCCGAGUCUUCAAAGUUCAAAACCUCAAGUCUGCACAUGCCUCAACGGCACCACCGAGGCUAGGCUAUGAGUUUAUAUAAAAUGUUAUCGUAGAUUUUUUCAUGGACAUGUGUGGGUUGGCUUCGCCGCCUCUAACGCCGGACCGUACAACCCUCUGUUUUUUCAACGGGUUCUGUCAAAUUUCUCAUCGAUUUUCCUUGUCUUACUUGCGAAAUCCUGCGAUAUCUUCAUUGCCCACUUGCAGACACAGCUCAAUUGGUGGCCUGAACGUGUUUUUAUCAGCUGGUUUGUCCUCCACACCGGGUUUCUGGGAUUUGAAAAGGAGAAGGAGAAGGGGAUGGUGCGUUGCAAGAGCGAGUCGUAGAGAAUCUCCUUAUGAAGUUUUAGGUGUGUCCCCAUCUGCGUCUAGCGAUGAAAUCAAAAGGGCUUAUCGGAAACUAGCUCUCAAGUUUCAUCCUGAUGUGAAUAAGGAGGCUAAUGCGCAGGAGAGAUUCAUGAGAAUUAAACACGCCUACAACACAUUGCUGAGCUCAGAAUCACGUAGGAAAUAUGAUUAUGGGAACCGUGAUUCUGGGUUUUCCUAUUCUUCAGCUCAAAGAAGUAGAGUUUCACAAGAUGAAGAAGAGUUCUAUGGCUUUGGUAAUUUUUUGAGAGAUGUUCAAAUAUCAAUAGAGGAUUUAUUCAAAGAUCUUCAAGAAGAAUUCAAGAACUGGGAAGCUACUGCCGCAAAAGGAAAGCCAAAGAGUCUUUGGGAGGAAUUAGCGGAAAUUGGAGAAGAAUUUGUAGAAUUUCUUGAGAAGGAACUCAACAUAUCGGACGAUGAGGCCGAAAGUGAUAACUACAAUGGAGGGUCUCAGAAAGGCAACCAUUCCAGAAGUUCUGGGAAAGAGAAAAUGGAAGGUGACAUUCGAAAUGAGGCAGGAAAAGGGAGCAGCAUUGAGGACAACAUUGAUGAGAUAGAAGCUACCCUUGCCCAGUUAAAAAAAGAAUUGGGUUUGUAGAGUUUUAGGAUUUGAUUACUUGCCACUUUAUAACAUCCAAAAGGAAAGUGAAUUCUCAGCUCUAAACACAGGCAAGCGACUGCCAAAAAUAAUCUCCUAAUGCUAUAAAUUGAUCGCUAUUUUGGCCAUAAUAGACAGAAACCAUUACUACAUAGCCAAUGUAUAGUUCCGUUUAUUUGGUUGAUUAUUGUAGCAAGUUCUUAGGAAUGCUAUAAAUUUAUGUGAAAAUUUCUUUUCUGAA